UUGCAUCGUAUAGACAGAUCCGCAGCCAUUCUGGCCCAGGGUAUUUGAGCUACCGCACGCCAAGCAGUGAAACUGUCAGACCCAUUCCCCGCGGCCCUCUGCUCAUGUUGCGCGUUCCGGUGGUGACUUGCUCUGGGCGCCAGGUGGUGGUUUUGGACGCCGACCCUUGCUGGUGCCUCUUGGAUGUGCUCGCCGCAAUGCCGGCGCAGGACGUGACGCCUCGCAGCAGCAGGCGGCUUUUCUUUGGAGAGGAGGAGCUCCGCGGAACAGCGUGCCUGGCUGACCUCGGCGUUGAGAGCGGCUGCGAGUUGACCUUGGUGCUAACAGCGCAGCCAGAUGCCGCGCAGGUCUGCGCCAACGGGUCGGUGAAGAUCUUCUGCGUCCAAGAGUGUCUGCACACGCUCGAGGGCCAUCGGGAUCACGUGCUGUUUGUCGUGCUCUCGCCGGAUGGCCGGGAAAUUGCGACCGCCUCGCAGGACGGCACGGCGAGGGUCUGGUCGCUGGACUCGGGCAAGUGCCUGCGCACGCUGGCUGGUCACAAGCGUGCUGUGCGUUCCGCCGUCUUCUCGCCGGAUGGGCGGUUCGUGGUGACCGCGUCGGCUGACAGCACAGCGAAGAUCUGGUCUGCGAGCUCCAGGGAGGCCUUGCGCACGCUACUGGGCCACAGCCGCGACUUGACAUCGGCAAUGUUCUCGCCAGACGGGCAGAAAGUGCUCACCUCUUCCAUAGAUUGCACGGCCAAGAUUUGGCUGGCGGGCUCGGGAGAGUGCUUGCACACUUUGGCGGGCCAUGGAGUUCCUGUGAAAUCGGCUCUGUUCUCGCUCGACGGACAGCAGGUGAUGACCGCCUCAUGGGAUCUCUCGGCAAUGUUCUGGUCUGUGGACUCCGGGGAGUGUGUGCAAGCGAUUGCGCGCCAUCUGCGAUCCGCCGCGUUCGUGCCGCAGGGAACCCUGUACUAUUGAAGGAGGCCUGGGCCAGGGAGUACCAGUGUCCUGACAAGUGCCCGUUGUGCCUCCUAAUUUUUACCUGCGCAGGCAUCGUGUCCCAUCCUGCUCCUCAUUCCUCUUCUUUCCUCGUCGCGCGUCGUGUUAAAUCGAACGGGGCCUGCUGCUGCGGCAGCGCACCGUUCCCAGCGUAUUGUUUCAACGGCUGCCUAGAGCUCACGGCCUAGAUGUAUCGAUCUGAUCUCGCGUCGGCACUAGGAGCCACUCGCAGCAGACUCGCCAAGUAACGGUCUGGGCUUGUAGGGCACGGCAGCUACGGCCUCAGUGUCACUCAUGAACGCCAACGUGCGAGUAGCAGUGCCGUGAUCCAUGGCGUAGGGCGUUAUUAGGCCCUGCUGUGUCCCCCUUGCCCUGCGCGAGCUUUGCACUCGCACUGUGUGGGGGGGGAGG